CGGAGGUUGAGAUCGCGCGGGCUGGGAAAGAGCCGCUGUGGGAUCGGAACUCUUGGCGUUAGGGCUAGGGUUUGGAAGUCAUGUGAUAUGGCUCUAUUCCAAACCAUCGUUUUUACUGUUGUUUUGAUAUGUAGUCAUAACUAUUUCGACUCUUUGACAUCCCAUAAGCCUUUCCUACCAUGACUAUCGGGGUAUAUUUGCGGGAUGUAUGUGGAUUGAUUGGUGAAUUCAAAUCUUCUAACUGACAGCAUGCAAAAGACGUGAGAAUUUUAUAGACAAUGGAUUGGGAGCCAAAGGUGCCUACCAAGGAUUACUCGAGCUUUUGGUUUCCCACCUACAUACUACAACUACAUGCUACGAAUCGAUAUAUGGCCUCCGUUUAAUCUUCAAUACCUGAGGCUUCUAUCAACGGAAUGAGACCAAAUGCAGUGCGCACUAACAGAAUCCUUCGUCCUGAGGGGUUCGAUCGUUCUAGCCCGAAGAUGAUGCGCCAGUCAUCUGUAUUAUUUAACCGGCGGUGUAGUUUCGGACAGCCAGCCAAAACAGAGAAAAGGCGGGGGAGCUUCUCAUGAUGACAGAGGAGAAAUGAACAAACAAUUUGGCCAGCAGAUGAAUCUAGAACUAUGUAGUUUCGUAUCUGUGAGGGAGAUAGUUCGGAGUUUGCGAAGGAUGGGACUCUCUUAAUCAGCGGUAACCUAUGUAUGAAGUGAAGAAGUUACCGCCAAAAAGAAGAAAAGAAAUAAAAAAGAAAUAAAAAAAAAACCUCAUGUAGUUCCGGGUGCGGACUGAUUCCUCAUCUGUUCUUUCGAUAUAUGUACAUACAUGUACAUGUACAUGUACAUAUACAUACGUUCGAUGAUUAACGGGAUUCUAUCCAUGACAUAAUUUCUCGUUGAAGACAGGUUUCGAUUGGAAAAGGAGUGAUGGCGAGAAUUACCCGGGGGUACUCCCUGUAACUAGUUAUCCAUUAGCCCGGGGAGCAAGCGGAAGCGGAAGUGAAAGAGCGCGUGGUGCCGAGUGUGUCUACACUCACCUGCCAUGGACUCCGUUAGGAAAUCUCGUCAAGAAGGAUUGCGCGUUCAAGAGAAGUUAUUUAAGCAGCAAGUGGGGAAUUGAGGGCAAUCCUACCGCUUCUGAGGAAUGAUAUGCGUUGGAUAGAUGAAUGAAUUGUUAUAACUAUAGUUAAGUUACAUACAUAAAUUUAUUUUUGAUACAAAUAGGAUAAGUUACUCCGUAGUCAGUCGGAAGCUGAGCCGAGGCCCAGACCCGUUGCUGGUUUGAGCAGCAGCGAUCGUUCGUUGUUGCCACCAGCUCCUUCCCAUUCCGUCAACAACACAACAACAGAAACGGAAGACACGGAAACAUAAAAGAACUCAUUCAUUCAUUCAUUCAUUCACUCAUUCAUAUAUAUCCCAUAAUAUAUUCCAUAUACAUGUCUAUACAUCUAUACUCCUUCUUCAGCAGACAACACAACGCGGUGCUCAGACUCAACAAUCAGACGGUAGCCAGCUAUUCCCGUGCUCAAACACCUCGACAUUUCCUCCGCAGGCUCCACCAUCCACCAGCCACCAGCGUCAUCGUCGCCAUGUCUUCCGCUACGUCCUUCUAUGACUUCGAGGCUGCCGACAAAAAAGGCGACCCCUUCCCCCUCUCCAGCCUGAAAGGCAAGGUCGUCCUCGUCGUCAACACCGCCUCCAAAUGCGGCUUCACCCCGCAACUCAAGGGCCUCGAAUCCCUCUACACCUCCAUCAACAGCGCGCACCCAGACAAGUUCACCAUCCUGGGUUUCCCCUGCAACCAAUUCGGCUCGCAGGACCCAGGCUCUAAUGACGAGAUCCAAACCUUCUGCUCCGUCAACUACGGCGUCACCUUCCCCGUCCUGGGCAAAGUCGAGGUGAAUGGCGACAACGCCGCGCCGUUGUGGAAAUGGCUUAAGGCCGAGAUGCCCGGCCUAAUGGGCAUGAAACGCGUGAAGUGGAACUUUGAGAAAUUCUUGAUUGGCGCCGAUGGGAAGGUUGUGCAGCGCUGGGCCAGUCUAACGAAGCCGGAAUCAUUGAAGGGCGCUAUCGAAAAGGAAAUUGAGAAGAUGGAAAAGAUAAAUGUGAAGGCGGCGACUGAGCCUGCGCCCGAGAUUCCCACGGAUCCAGUGACUCAAUCGUGAUUUGUUAUUCUGGGUCAGUUUGGAAGUGGGGUGGCGAGAUGAUACGAUAGUGGAUGGCGUUUGUCUCUCUAUUAGUCCCUUUUCUCUGUUCCGUUUUUUUUCCCCUCUGGUGGAUUCUUGUUUUGUCUUGGUUUAUGUUUAUGCAUAUAUUUACCGCAUUGUUUGGACUGGUUUUUUGUGAUGGGCGGGUGCCAUUAAUCUGCUAUUCUUACACCCCGUCCCAGAUCCAAUGCUCUAACUCGAUCCCCUACGUUCUCGUACACGAUCAAAUUGUUAUCAGAGAUUCCCCCCUGGUCACGCUUAGUUUAGUUGCUGUUGUGUUCACUUUUUGUUCCCUUGCUGGGAUAGCUUUUCUUCCCACUUUUAAUGUCCUCUUUUGUGUUUCAGUUUACGCUGUGUAUUCUCUCUCUCUCUCUCUCUCUCUCUCUCUGCUCCAUCCUCAGCUGUUAUUAUGAUACCAAACAAGGAAAAACCGAGAGCCUUUUGUAUACUUAUGGAAAAGAAAAAAAAUAGAUACAAGUAAUACGAAAUUGUAUUUCAGUUUAUCUAAACUUGAGUGGUAUGUUUGCGCUCUUUUUUGGUUUGCUUUCGGGCAGACGCUUAGAGCGUAGCUUUGAAUGGGAGAAUUAUUUUAUAAAAUUCCUUAAACAGAAGAGGGGAAGAGAGGAUAGGAGUUUCAACGACUUCAGUCAUUCAUUCAUUCACGCAUUUACUUCGGGUAUAGAAUGAAUUUUAUUUCGACCUAGGCGGGAGAUCAAUUUUCCCAGCCUGCACGCAUGAUAUUGAUGGUUUUAGUGACUACCCUUCUCAUCCAUGUGAAAUGCUUAACAUAUAAAAUAUACAUACAUUAUAUCCCUUUCGAUUUCAUCCACUCAUGACAUGGGGUUGCACAUCCAUCCAUUC